UGGCCAAUCUCUCUGACCCCUCAGGAUCCAAGCCGUAGGUACCCGGUGUACCACGGCAGACCACACUUCCAUAACCUCUAACUUUGAGAGUCACCUAAUGGUGUGCCACUCAGAGAUUUUCUCUUGUCAGUAUCUGAACAUUUUUCACGGAAACAGUCCAGCAACCUCCUCUCUCGUACAUUGACUUGAACAUGCUAUAUACUGUAUGUGUGGAUUUGGUAUGGUUGCAAACACCAUGUCUUCAAGCCAUAUCUGUCUUAAAGGGAUAGUUCGCAUAGGAAGAACAUUUUAGUUUUUUAGUAUAUACACUUCUAUGGACAUUUAGUGCAAAAGUAUUAGCUGCCCUGAAAUUUAAUUUGCCCUAGCUCUAAACAUUUAACAUUUCUUGGCAGUAAUGAUCCACCUUCAUGAUCCACCUACAUUUGUUGGAGAGCAGCCAGUUUUUCGAUGGUUGACAAUUCGUGAACUGCUUUGGAUUUAUGAGCAUGACUGUACUACGUCAUGCUAAGUGAAACGCCAUUUUAGAAGUGCUGAAAUGGAGGUUUGGUAGCAGCGGCUGAGCAGCAAACCCAUUAUAAUUCUGUGACAUUUUAUCAAUACAUGUUUGACGUUGAUCUGAGUCUGAUGGUAGAAGUGAUAACCCAGGUUGUGAUGGAAACCGAGCCGUGCCAUUUAAACAUAGUACGACGCAGUUCUUAGUAUCCAGACGUACUUUGUCCUACACUUCAAGGUUUUACAUGCUUCCCUACAUACUGUACAUUGAUACAGUUUUGUUCACCUGUGUGUUCUUACACUUACUGUCAGCUGUAUAAUCUUGCAGGUAAGCCAUAGCUUAAGCUGUUUUUUUUUCAUGUACUAUUAUGCACUGUCUUUCAACAUGUUUCGACAUGUUUUAUGUGCUUGUCAGAGGCACACGUCACCAUGCAUACCAUAUUUAAGUUAUUAUGCUAUGCAGAGCUACCGUUCCAUAAAUUCUGAGUUUGAAGGUAUAUUCCUUUCUCCCUCCAUGUAAUCUGUCACUCAUGCAUGACUCAUAAACCCCAGAAGGUAUACUUCUAUACUGCAGACCUUUUUAUAUCACAUUUGGUGGAAACUUGAAUGAUCCCUUUUUUGAUUUACAUCAUGUAGAGUUUUGUUUUUGCCCAUGUUUACCGUUGCAUACCUUGGAUUUUUACGAACAGAACAUUUACAGCCAUCAUGUGAGGAUCUAUAUGUUGGUGUGGCAAAAACUUUGAAUUACCCAAGUAUGUUAAAUUAUUGUCACACAAUGAUAUUUGAAAGGCAGUAUAAGUCUAGAUGAUGCCCAAUAAUGCAGACCUUAUGUUUUUACACAAAGGUUCAGUUUAAAAAAUAUAUUGUAUUGGCUUGUUUAAAAAAUGUAAGCGCUUUAGUACACUUACCCGCUUGUGAAAAGAACAUACUGAAAUCAUGCUAAAUUAUCAUUAUCAUUUGGCACAUAGAUUUUUUGAAUGUAUGUUACAUUUAUCACAUGUAAAGUCAGUACAGUAUAUUUUAACUUAAUCCUAAAUUUCUGUUAAGUGUUUAGACUGCGUAUCUGUAUCUUCCCUCCUUUCAUCAGUACAAUAUAUGGAACUGUGUAGCUUUUAAACCAUGGCAUCAUUCAUAUUGGUAUCUCGAGCCACAAUUUAUAGUCCUCUCUUGGGGACUGUUGCAGAUUUUCCAGUAAGAACUCUUAAAGGGUUGUGAAUCAUGAAGAAUACCGUCUUUUGUUUCUAAUGCUUGAAUUGCGAGUAGCCAGUGGAUGGAGCAGCUGACCUCGCAAGGACCUUCCUGUUUGUGUCCGAAGUGCCUUUGGACAUGUCUGCUCGGACACUCGACAAACCUGCGUGUUGCUUAUGGAGACCAUCUCCCACCUGGCAGCCUCCGCAGACUGAAAGGCUAAAAUGUAUCGUUGGAUUAACUUGACGCAUACUGUGCACAUCAUGAAUGAAGCGGAAGCUUGUUCACAGAUAAAACAGGAGUUGUACAUGUUGGCUUCAGCACUCACUACCUAACCAAACAAGCAAAGCUACGGGGCCGUGCCCUAGACACUAGUCCAGUUUGUAUUAUUUUUUUGAUCCUGUUCUUGUUCAAUCAUUGCACUGUUGUAGCUGUAAGUUUGCUAGAAAGCUAAAACAAUGUUCCUACUUCAGCUUGUUUGGUGGUGACUGAGUGAUAAACCUGGCUGAAAGGUCCUGUUUUUGCUUCUGUCUCUGUUUGACAUAAAACAAUACUUUUUAUAAGCUAGGGAACAUUGUUUUGAUUUCAUGCCCUGCUUUGUGUCUAGUUGCAUGCCGUUUUUUUUUUUUUUUUUAAAUCAUUUAUUGUUGGUUUUUGAAAUGUGUUGCAUCAUUAGACUAGGCUAGGAAGUUAAGAGACUGAUGACAGCCAGCCAACUGUCACUGCACAGGAGGAAGGACAUUAUCGUUCUUAUAUUGGCCUGUUGUGGAGCUAGUUACUGCCUCAAUUGUACCACUUCCUGCCACUUUAUAAUUUCAUUCUCAUUUGAUUUUUAGUCCCCAGUGGAAUCACUUACUGUAUUUGUCUAUUGCUGCUAUACUAUCAACAUGUCUGGGCUGUCUUCCCAGGUUGUCAGGUUGUUAAUAAAUAUUAAUUUACUAAACCCUCAACAGGAACUUUGGGGUGUAUUUUCAGAUAACUAUAUUUGGAUUGAACAGAAGGACAGUAAGCACACUUUGUGAACAGUCGCACUGAAUUCAAAAUGUUUAAUCAAGCUGAAGUCACUUUUCAUUCUGCUGAUUUCCUUCUUCAUUGAGUAAUUACAUUUGCCCAAACCCCGAGGAGAUUAGCUUUGAGUAAUUUUACAAAUGUGGUACGCGGGUGGUUUGUGCAAUUAAGAAAGCACGGCAUAAGCUGGGAUUUGUUGUGUAUAUAAAGUCAGUGGUGAAUCCAGAGCUGUUGCUCCUUUACAGAAUGGGCCAAGCUGCUAACAUGCCCUGUAGGGGAGGGGGAUCUUAUGUCACUGAGCUGUACCAUUGGUACAGAACGUUUAUUAAUGAAUGUCCAAGUGGGCUGAUCACUCUACAUGAGUUUCAAAGGCAUUUCUGCAAUGGAACAGUGGGCAGGGAGUCUGCUGAGUAUGCAGAACAGAUAUUCCGCACAUUGGACAAUAAUGGGGAUGGGGUGGUUGAUUUCAGGGAGUAUGUCAUGGCCAUCAGCAUGCUUAUUGAAGGUUCUGCUGUGGAGAAGCUGCGGUGGUCAUUUAAGCUCUAUGACAAAGAUGGAGACGGAGCAAUUACAAGGGAGGAAAUGCUGGAGAUUACGCAGGCUGUGUAUAAGAUGAAUGUAGCCGCUGCUUUAACCAAACCCAACCCACUUACAGCUGAAGAAUGUACCAACAGGAUAUUUAUGCGAUUAGAUAAAGACAAUAACGCCAUCAUCAGUCUGGAGGAGUUCAUAGAGGGAGCGCUGAAUGAUGAUUGGAUCAGGGAAAUGCUGGAAUGUGAUCCUAGCACUGUGAAGGUGGAGAGGCCCCUGAGGAGGGACACCGCUUUGGGGACCCGUGGUUGACCUGAAGUGGGGCAUUCUAUUCACUGGGAGCAGAGAAAUUAACCAGUCGAUGUUUGGAUUGGAAAUUUCCAGGAAUUGUUGCGG